CUUGAGGAAAAUGAAAAAUGGCCUUGGAUGAUGGGUGGGGUCUCUUGCUGCGGCUGUGACUGCUGGCUGCGGCGGGCUCGAGGGAAAGCCUAGGACGGAGCCCUGGGAUGAGGGCGCGGCGGCUGGCUGUCAAUAGAAUGAGGUCAUUGAUGGCUGAGCAAAGCCUCUGGGCUAGAGGAGACGUCAACAGAAACAGAAUUGAGGCCGCUUAGUCCUGCUACCGGGGGAUCACCAACGGCCCGUUGUGGCAGGGACCCAUCACUUUCGCCCUCCCGCCCUGCCCAAGUCAAGCCCUCCUCUUGUCUUCCCUCCCGCGAACCCGGCCCGAGACAGCCAAACCCCAAGUCGCCAACAGACACCGCGCCCGCCAUGGCCGACCAAGUGCGGACGCUCUGGAGCCUCCCGGCCGCGCCGCUCGUGCAGGGCAACCUGGUCGGGGCCAUCUUUGUCACCAUCUGGCUCGUCGUGACGCUCGCCUUUGCCUUCUUCCUGCGCACGCUGCUGCACCGGCCGAAGCACACGUGGCCCGAGUUCAAAGAGACGUUUUACAGCGUCGUGGUGCUUGCCUUCUGGUACUUCACCGUCGUCCUCGACCGCUGGAUGCGCCGGGACUCCAAGCCCGUCGCGUACGGCUACAUCGUCUGGCUGGCCGUGUGCGAGUUCGUGCGCGUGGCCGCGGGUAUCUACCUGCAGUGGGGGCUGUACAAGGUCGUGUGGCGGGAGCUGGUCGCGCGCGGGCGCGUCCGGAAGGGGCGCCUGCGGUGGUGGUGGCUGGCGGCCAAGUUCGCCAUCGCCCUCGUCUUCCUACUCGCCGUUUUUUACCUGGUGCUGCAGCUCACCACGGCCGUGGUCUGGCUGCAGUUCACCAGCCUCAACACCAUCCAGGACAUCGCGACGAGGAGGAACCAGUUCGCCGUCGUGACGGCCGUGUUUGGGGUCGUGUUUGCCGCGCUGACGGCGUUUGCGGCGGCCAACGCCAUGUGGAUGAGCCGCCUGACUGAUGGCGGUGUUAGGAGGACUAGAAUUGCUCUCUUCCUGGCCACCGUCGUCCUCCUCGCCCGAGCCCUAUCGGAAGUCGGCACCACAGCCCAGGCCAUAUCCCCACCAGCCAACCUCCAGUCCAUAACCCUAGCUCGCGACAUCGCGUACGGCGUCCUCACAACCCUCUACUUCAUCCUCAUCGGCAUCCACGCGGCCGGGGUGUCCCGCCCCGCCGACGGCGGCAACGAGGGCACGCGCGCCAUCCACUCCAACAUGCGCAAGCACAUCCUCGCCGUCCUGCACGAGCGCACCGGGGGCGCGCGCGAGCGCUCCCCGGAGCUCAACGACAUCCUCCACGAAAUCGAGGACCACCUCGACACGCUCCUCCCGGCCCUGGCUGCUCCCCCCGGCGGCGGCGGCGGCGGCGGCAGCAGCUACGGCUCCAACGCAAACAUGUCGGCGGCCGACAACCGCCGCGCCGCGCUCGACUGCCUGCGCGACCUGCGCACGCGCGUGCUGCCGGGCCUGCAGCCCCGCGACUGGCGCGAGGAGGAGCGCGCGCGCGACGAGUCGCUGCUCGGCCGCGUCGCCCGCAGCGCCGUCUCGGGCAUGCGCAGGGUGUCGGACCAGUCGCUGCUGACGACGCGGAGCUCGAGGGGGCCGACGCCCGCGCACAGCGAGGCGGGGUUGCUGGCGGGCAUGUCGACGUCGUCGAGGGGCAGCCUUAAUCCGAAUAUGGGCGGCGGCGGCGGCGGUUCAAGGACGCAGCGCCAGCAGCAGAUGCGGCAGACGUCAAACCAGUCCCUGAUGUCGGGCCGCAGCAGCGUCCGGAACCUGUCGCCGACGGGGCCAACGACGAUGCAGCAGUUCGAUAUCGACCCCAUCCCCGAGCACGAGCGCGGCGGCGGCGAUGCGGCGAGCGUGGCGCCGUCGCUGCGGACGGCGCCGUCCAUCUUCCCGCCCGCGUCCUUCCAGCAGCAGGCCCGGUCGCCGCAGCCGCAACCGCAGCCCUCCUUCCAGGCCCGCCAGCAGCAGCAGCAGCAGCAGCACAACAUGCCAGGCGCGUUCCCGUCCUUUGAAUCCCUUCGUCGGCAGCAGCAGCAGCAGCCGCCGCCGCCGCAGCAGCCGCCCUCGGUUCGCUCGUCGGUGCAGUUCCCGCCCACGCCCGCGCCCGCGUCCAUCAUGACGCCGUCCCCGCCGCCGCAGGCCACGUACGCCUACCCGCCCGUCGGCAUGACGCCGCCGCCGCAGAGUAUGUAUGGUGGUGGCGGCGGCGGGCGCUACGGCGGGCGGGGGUCGGCAACGCAGCAGCAGCAGCAGCAUGAAGGCAGGCGGCCCGCAGCGCCGGUGUUCACCGUCCCGCCGGACCCGGUGGCGGCGGCGGCGGGUCCCGCCGCGGGACCGUCGAUGCCGGGGCCGCUCGUCGACCAGGCCACGCGCGGGGAGCGGCACGCGAGUCGCUUGCGGUCGAACCGCGCGGCCGAGAACAGGUACGCGCGCCCGCUGCCGUCGCAGACGCGGUCGCCGCUGGGGGAGGAGGUUGAGAUGAUGGAUGUUCGUCGUCCGGAUAAUUGAGCGUUGGUUUCCUUGGGGCGUAAUGAGCGUUCCUCUUGUAAUUGCAUGGGAAUCCUUCCCGCUUUAGCAUAUGGAUAAUCUGAAAAUGUGUACUAUCUUGAAGUUACUGGGCUGGGAUUUUCGGUGGGAGUUUCUUGAUUAGCGCAACAUCAGCUCCAGUACUGGUCCAUAAACGAACUGUAUCGCAGGCUGGCUAUGUACUGAAAUCACUAGAUGCAUGGGAACCCUCUGGAAAGCAAAAUGAACAUGACGCUUGACAAACAAGAUAAUCAUAAC